GUCGAGUGUAAAAGUGAAUCGUGUAAUAAACAAAUAGAUAAUAUAGAGAAUGGCAAACAUUUUAAACCUCCGGAAAAGACAACGAAGUCUGGCAAGAAGAGCGAGAAUACAACGCUGUCAUUUACUAUAGUAACAGGAGCAAGUGCAAAUCAUUUCUGCGAAUUGCAAAGUUGGUUAUAUUAUAUGUCAGAAACAUCAAAAGAACUUCGGAAGGAAUAUAAACCAAGAAUAAUAGUGUAUGAUUUAGGUAUGGUGGAAUAUCAAAAGAAAAUAUUAAAUUUGCUAGAAAAUAAGGGAGGAUAUUUUAAUGAAAUUCAUGAAUUUAAUUUUGAUAAAUAUCCGAAAUUUUGGGACGUCAAUGAAAAUAGAGGAGAAUAUGCAUGGAAACCUGGUAUAAUCAAAGAAGUUUCAAUGAAAUAUCCCGGAAUAAUAAUUUGGUUAGAUAGUGGAAGUUUUUUAUCAAAAGGAUUUUUUGCUAUGAUAGAAGAAUUACUUAUACAAUAUAAUGGAUUCAUUAGUCCUAAAUCAAGUGGAAAAUUAUUAGAAUGGACACAUCCCGGUGUUUUUAAAUAUUUUAAACAAGACAUUAAGGACUACAUAAAUAAAAAUCAUGAUAAUUGUAACGGAGCUGCAAUAAUAUUUGAUACAAAUAAGACUCAAUAUUUAAUUGAUCAAUGGUAUGAAUGUGCUCUUGUGAAAGAAUGUAUAGCUCCCGAAGACAGCAGCAGAGAAAAUCAUAGACAAGAUCAAGCAAUACUCACUUAUUUAGUAAUAAAUGAUAAUAGAUUGUGUAAUUACCAUAAAUCAUUUUUUGGCUUGAAAACUCACAUGGAUGACCAAUGUGCUCGAAAUAUUUAUUAUUAUGAUAAAUUGCAUGGUGAAUUCUAUUGGCCAUCAAUCGAAGAUCUUGAGGAAAUCAACAGAUUAAAAGAAGAAUAUACUGAUCAUGUAAUUUAUGACAUAUGGAGUGAAGGUGCUUUGGAAACAUUAUUAUCUUCUUUCAUAGAGCAUUCAUUAUCAAAACAUGAACAAAUAGAAGCGGGUGAAAAAUAGUUUCUUUUUAUUUGAGUUUUGAUGGAAUGCAUCUUUUAACUAAUACGUGUCGUACUUUAUAUUCCUUUAUACACUCUCUUUUUAACUUGUACGCAAACUCUAUUUAAAUUCAUCAUCCAGCUCCAUGAUGUCAUGCAAUUAUUUCUAAAAUCAACAUCAACCUGUGAAUUAUCAAAAUUCUGAGAAGUGUGAAUCGGUAAUAUUAUUACAGCGUACCUAAUGACGAAAUACACAAUUGGAAUAUUAAUGUUUACUUCCUGUGUCCCUUUUCACUCCCCAGAACAUUAUUACAAAUUACUUACUCUGCAUGUUUAAAUACGGGU